GGAGACAAGAAACACUAUGUUCAGUCUUUCUAAAAAUUCAGCACAGGUACAUUUAGGACUAGACUUGAGAACAUAUUAAAGGUGGGGGGCUUUUUCCUACUGGAAGUAAGUUGUGUGUCUGUUUUUAACAACUGAUUGGACAAACAUGGAUGAUAAAUUCAUAUCCAAACUGUCACCUACAGUUGAUUUUUGGGCAGGGAUAUACCUUGUGAUAAUUGCCAUUCUGUCCAUUUUGGGGAAUGUGGCAGUCCUAGUGAGCGCAGCUCAUCGCUUCGCCCUGCUCAAAGCUCCUGAGCUGCUGACAGUGAACUUGGCUUUAACAGACAUCGGCAUGGCCCUCACCAUGUAUCCACUGUCCAUUGCGUCAGCUUUUAACCACGCCUGGAUUGGAGGUGAUACAACUUGCCUCUACUAUGGUCUGAUGGGCAUGAUCUUCAGUAUAACCAGCAUCGUGACUCUGGCUGUGAUGGGGAUGGUCAGGUACCUGGUAACGGGAAGUCCACCCAAGACAGGUAUCAAGUUCCAGAGGAGAACCAUCAGUAUUGCGAUCAGUGGGAUCUGGCUGUAUGCUAUUUUGUGGGCCUUGUUUCCUCUGCUGGGCUGGGGCAGCUACGGUCCAGAGCCGUUUGGACUUGCCUGCUCGAUAGACUGGACCGGCUAUGGGGAGUCCCUAAACCACUCCACAUUCAUCAUGACUCUGUCUGUACUGUGCACAUUCCUCCCCUGUCUGGUCGUCCUCUUCACCUAUUUUGGUAUUGCCUGGAAGCUGCACAGGGCCUACCAAUCCAUCCAGAGCAAUGAUUUUCAAUAUGGCAGUGUUGAGAAGAGGAUCACUCUUAUGGCUGUGAUGAUCAGUUCAGGUUUCUUUAUGGCCUGGACCCCCUACGUGGCCGUGAGCUUCUGGAGCAUGUUUCACUCCAAGGAGCAGAGCCGCAUGACUCCAUUCGUCACCCUGUUACCAUGCCUCUUCGCUAAGAGCUCCACCGUAUACAACCCUUUCAUAUAUUUAAUCUUCCAGCGUUCCUCCCAGCACAAGCUCUGGCGCCUCCUGAGGCUGAUUUUUUGUUGUUCUUAUCAGGCCAAUUCGUCUGCUGAAGGAGGAAAGCUGGAAGGCAAUGUGGUAAGAGAUUCUGACUGCAGCAUUUUUGGAACUGGGACUGAUGAAACAUGUGUUGGUCUAAUGGGAGCUCCUAGCAGCCAGUCUGGGAGUGAGAUGAUGACUUUGGGCUAAUGUUGUUUCUGAUGAGGCAUUUUAUGUUCUUAUCCUGACCCCUUUGUUGGAGUUGUCAGGAAUAUAGUUCAUUUUGGGAUUUUUUUGCCAAGACUUAGAUAAGAGGAUUAGUGCCACUCUAAUGUUCAUGUUUAGCUUAGCAUUAGGAGAAUGACUUGAAACACGGGAAAACAGCUGGCUUGCUCUGUCCAAACUUACUAAAAUCCAGGCUCACUAAUUAAAUCAUUAAAUUAUGUGCCAGACAAUUUCUUGGUUGUGCUAGCUGUUUCCCCCCUCUUUCCAGCAUUGGUUAGCUCAGUCAGUAGCACUGGCGACCCAUGUACUGAGGCUGAGUCCUUGCUGCAGUGGCCCAGGGUUCGAAUCCGACCUGCAGCCCUUUGUUGUGUGUCAUCCCCUCUCUCUGCCCCCCUUUCCUGCCUGUCUUCAGCUGUCACUAUCAAAUAAAGGCAAUAAAAAGGCCCAAAAAAAUAGCUUCACAAAAAAGUAUUUGACUCAACACCACUGGCGUCUAUAACUACAGUGGCCGCAGAACUCACAAGUUUUUGAUUUUAGAUAGAAAUGGCUUAUUCUAAUGUAACGAAAACACAAAAGUUCCUAUGUUUGACAUACCUAUGAAUAUUAUAUUCAAUUUCUUCAUAACAGAGGUAUCAAAUUUCUCAUGUAACUCUCAACAAAGAAAGAACAUUUUCUCAAAAGGUGGUGGAUGAAACUAAAACGAAGAUUUGGUCUCUUGUAGUUUUUAACAAUUAAAUUAGGAGGUGACCACAGGGGGAAUAAGAAACAGAAAGUGUGGAUUUUAUUCCCAAAGAGAGUUGAGAGACAAAAAAGGAAGCAGAAGUAUUUGUUUGUUGUGAGUGUGACCUUCCCAUGGCCUCCCAUUAGCUGUGUAUGUAUUUGGUGAACUCUAAGUUUCCCAAAUCCCAUGGAUCCUCAGUGUACGUGCUUCAUCGUUUCACCCCAGCAUGCUGAAGUUAAGGUCAACUGGCGGUCUCAGAAAAUGGUGGUUUGAAUUAUUUUCAGCAUGAUACUAACACUGCACAUCUGUGACCUGCGGACUUUGAAGCAGACUUGUUUAGACUCAUAGAAGAAUACUAUAGCCACUUAUAAAGUUAACAGUUUUCCUUUUCAUCCAUCUGUUAUCAUUACAUAAACCAUACUGUUGAAAACCUGAACUUCUGUAGUUUUCACAUUACACAGUUUUGCCAACAAUGAUGCCCAUAAACAAUGCAGCACAGAUGGAGUGGGUUAAAAUAUUCUUUCAAAUGAAUAUGGCCACAAGGGACAUACUGUUAUACCCACAGUUUUGUGCGUGUAAAAAUGUAUUUGGUUUUUCUAUCGGAUUAUGCUAAUUGGAGCUUGAGAAAGAAAAAUAACAGCUUGCAGCAUUAGUGUGUUUCUGUUCUGAAGACUGCUAUACUGGAGGGAAGAAUGGUUCAGAUAAUGUGAGCAACACAGUUGUCUGUUCUACACAAAAAAGGCAAUCAUAAAGCUUGGAUAAAGGUUGAUUUAAUGUUUUUACUUUAUGUCAUGUACCAGUUCGGAAUGCAAACAAAUUGGUUAUAUAUUGUACAGCUGAGGAUAAAACGGAAAAUUCACAAUGCUGUAUUAUAGAAUGACCGGAAUAGUCUGAACACACAUCUGUUAAACAUGAAAAUGCCCUUGU